UCAUGCAGACUCAACUGAACCACCACCAUACACAUUCACACAUCAUUUUUCAUUGUUGUUGUUGUUGUCUCGUCGACGACGGUUGCAGCGUAGCAGCAGCAACAGCGUUCACAUGUAUCGGGUUUGCUCGUUACGUUCAUCAUUUAAUUGAUGCAAAACAGCCGCUCUCUCUCUCUCUCCCUGUAUGUGUCUCUCUGCGCAGCUUGCGGUCUCUUUGUUGACCAACUAUAUCAUACAUUUCAUUUGAGUCGCGAGCAUGGUAAUGUCUACACGCGAUUUUCAACUUUUGUUAUUUCGUUCCAAUCGCUAAAUUGAACGUGCAUUGAAAAAAGACCGUCUAAAGAAACAAGCAUACAGCUGUGACAACUAGAGUGUUUUUGUUCAUGUAAACAGUAUACUAUUAUUGUAAAACGGUGGAAGAGAAGGAGUUUAUUGUGUGCUGGGUGCUGCUGCUGUUGUGUGACAGUUUGUGUUGUUGUACCUUGAUGAAUAUUUUGUAAAGAGUUCUGAGAAUACAGUGUCGUUUUGUUUAGUCUACAAUAUGUUGCAGAUAAUUCCAUUUGUGACGAUAUGGUUGCUCAAUAUUCAACGAAUCCAGUGCAGUGGUCACUAUUCGAUUGUUGCACCUGAAGUAAUUCGGCCCAAUUCCGAGUAUCAUGUAGCUGUUAGCUUGCACGACAGUUCAACACCAUGCGAAAUUCGUGUUGGCAUUGAAGGCAUCCAAAAUAAAUAUUCAAACUAUCGUGAGGCGAAUUUGCAACCGUACACAAGUCAAUUGAUACGAUUCAGUACUGGUUAUAUGGGAUCGGGCCAGUAUCGAUUGAAUGCAGAAGGUUUAAGUGGUAUUGAUUUCCGUAACGAGCGACCGCUUAGUUUUGUGGGGAAAAAUGCAUCAAUUUUCGUGCAAAGCGACAAGGCCAUCUAUAAACCCGGCGAUUUGGUGCGUUUCAGAAUACUUGUUCUCGAUCAAAAUUUAAAACCCGUUCCGAGCCAAGAACCAAUCAACAUUUUUAUUACGGAUGGAGCAAAUAAUCGCAUCAAAGGAUAUGCCAACCUGCGAACAUCUCGUGGUGUUGUUAGUGAAGAGUUGCAGUUAUCAAGCUAUCCGGUUCUCGGUGACUGGCAUAUCGCCGUUGAAGCUAUGGGUGAAUUGAAAAAGUAUAAAUUCGAAGUGGCCGAAUAUGUUUUGCCAAAGUUUGACGUCACCAUUGAUACGCCAAAACAUCAAUAUUUCCAAGAUGGCAAAAUCCGGGCGACGAUUCGCACGAAAUACACAUAUGGCAAACCGGUGAAAGGAGAAGUGACGGUGGCUGUGUAUCCAAAAACCUAUGGCUCAUUCCAACCGUUUGCAAACAAUUUGAUUACGCGCAAAGUGUCGAAGAUUGACGGUAAAGCGUACGUUGAAUUUGACAUUGCGAAGGAGUUGAAUGUCAAAGAAGACUACGAACAAGCCAUGGCCAUGGAAGCUAUUGUUGAAGAAGAGCUCACUGGUCGCAAACAAAACACAUCCGUCGACUUAUUUUUACACAAAUCGAAAUACAAAAUUGUAUUGAGCAAUGCGUCACCCAAUUACAAACCGGGACUACCGUACAAUGUACUAGUUUCAGUGCAGAAAUUCGAUGGAACUCCAGUUACCGGUGGUGCAAGCACCAUUCGUGUUCGAUUAGCAUCGAGCUAUUAUGAUGAUGAAAAUGCAACUGAAACCGUUCAUACGCUCGAUUCAAACGGUUUGCUUCACUACGAUAUCAUCGUGCCACAUUCCAAUGGAUUCACACUGAAAUUCGUUUACUUGGAUGCUGAAGAGAGAUUAGGAUGGAUUCCAGCUGUUCAUUCGGAUACUCGGGCCUUUCUCAGGGCAACACUGCAAACGGAGAAGCCAAGAAUCAACAAAGACAUAACCGUCGAGGUUCAAUCAACCGAAAGUUUACGUUAUCUAUCAUAUCAAGUGUUUGGGCGUGGCGAUAUUAUCGUAACCAACUCCGUUGAAAUUCCAAAUAGGAAAAGCCAUACGAUUACAUUUUUGGCUUCGUUUGCUAUGGUUCCAAAGGCCCAAUUCGUUGUGCAUUACAUCAAAGACAAUGAAAUUAUUUCCGACCGAUUGGAAAUUGACCUUGGUGAAGAUUUGCAGAACUUUGUUGAGCUUGAUGUUUCAAGUAAUCAAGCGCGCCCUGGACAAGAAGUGGACAUUACGGUUGUCAGCAAACCUAACUCAUAUAUUGGUCUCUUGGGUGUUGAUCAAAGUGUCUUAUUAUUGCGGAAAGGAAACGAUUUCGAUAAAUCACAAAUAUUUAACGAGCUUGAUGAAUAUUCCAGGAAACAAUCAAACCCAUCACGACACUAUGGAAUCGACGAAUGGGAAGAUUUUGCCAGUUCCGGUGCAAUAUUGCUCACAAAUGCCAGACCAACCGAAAACCCGUACACAUCGUCUACCGCUUCUCCGUAUGAUAAUGAAAUUUCGUACGGUCGAAGUUUAACAACGGUUAAGAAAACAGAUAUCGGACCAGCUCACGUUCUGAGAACAAAUACACGCCCGCCAUUGGCUGGUCCAUAUGCAUUCUCUCGCAUACCAAAACCAUACUGGGAUCGACCCCGUGUCCAUCUUAUGAACGAUAUUAGCGAUUCAUUUUUGUUUGUUAAUUUCUCCUCUGGCUAUGAAGGGCGGCAUACGAUUCACAAAAAAGUGCCAGACACAAUUACAUCAUGGAUUAUAACUGGAUUUUCGUUGGAUCCAAUCAGUGGUCUUGGCUUGUCAAAAGAGCCACGCAGUUUGCAAGUGUUCCAACCGUUCUUUGUUUCGCUGAAUCUGCCUUAUUCCAUAAAACGUGGCGAAGUGCUUUCCAUUCCAGUUGGCAUUUUCAAUUAUUUGGACGAUGAAUUCGAUGUUGAAGUUACUUUACAUAAUACCGAUCAACAGCUUGAAUUUGUGCAAAUGGCCAAUGAAGUUGAUUCGCCAAAAAUCGAGCUCUUCCGACGAAAGACAAUCCAUGUUAAUGCGAAUGAAGGAGCUGGUGUAUCGUUUAUGGUGAAACCGAAAAAAGUUGGCCCAUUGACCAUAAAAGUGACAGCAAGUGGUCCAAGACAAGGCGAUGGAGUUGAACGAAUCUUGCAAGUUGAACCAGAAGGUGUACCAUUAGUGGAAAACUUGGCAAUGCUCAUCGAUCUACGUGACAAAUCGCAAUUCGAUGGAAACUUUACGUUUGUUAUUCCCAAAAAUGCAAUUCCCGACUCCACAAAAAUUGAAAUUUCAGCCGUUGGUGACAUUCUCGGUGGAUCAGUGAAAAACAUGGAGAAACUCAUUCGAAUGCCCGAUGGAUGCGGAGAACAGAACAUGUUGAAUUUCGUGCCAAAUAUCGUGAUUUUAGACUAUUUGAAAACAACAAAUCAAUUGACACCGGCUGUUGAAAUGAAAGCAACCACCUUCAUGAAUGCGGGUUAUCAACGUGAAUUGACCUAUCGACAUGAUGACGGUUCAUUCAGUGCAUUUGGAAAACGAGAUAAGAGCGGCAGCACAUGGUUAACAGCAUUUGUUGCUCGGUCAUUCAUUCAAGCUUCAAAAUACAUUCAAGUUGAACAGAGAAUCAUAAAUGAAGCCUUAACCUGGCUGAGCCGUGUCCAAGCGCCAAAUGGUAGUUUCCCAGAAGUUGGAAGCGUUCUGUCAGCUGAAAUGCAAGGUGAAAGUGGACAAGGCACUGCUCUGACUGCAUAUGUUCUGAUAGCGUUUUUGGAAGACCGAAGCAAGAGCGGAAUGUAUGAAAAUGUAAUCAACAAAGCAAUUGACUACGUUGUCAAGAAUGUUAAAGGAAAUGAAGAUAUCUACUCAUAUGCUGUUGCAUCGUAUGCCUUGCAAUUGGCCAAUCAUAAUUCCAAAAACUACAUUUUGCAAUCAUUCGAUUUGAAAUCGAAGCGAAAGGAUGACAUAAAAUGGUGGGAAAAGCCAGUACCGCCGGGAGACGCCAGGAAUAUUUGGUAUACCAAACCGAAUUCGGUAAACGUUGAAAUCACGUCGUAUGGAUUGUUGGCGCUACUAGAAGCUGGUCUCAAUUCAGAUGCAUUGCCAAUCAUCAAGUGGCUAAUAAAACAACGAAAUGAAUUUGGAGGAUUCCAAUCGACGCAAGACACAUUCGUCGGAUUGAAAGCAUUGGCCAAAUAUGCCGAGAGUACAUCAAGUAACUAUAACAACGUUCAAAUCCAAUAUAAAUAUGACGGCGGUGAAAGUCGAAUUAAUGUCAAUGGAGACAACGGAUUGAUUCAGCAAAUAUAUGACCUGCCAAAUAAUGUGCGGCAAGUGAAUGUCACGGCCAGUGGAAGAGGAUUUGCAUUGCUUCAAUUGUCAUACAAGUACAAUUUGAAUGUAACAGGUGCCUGGCCAAGAUUCACAUUAGAUCCACAGCCAAAUAAAAACUCACAUCAAGACUAUCUGCAUCUUACUGUUUGCACCAGUUUCGUUGCAAUUGGCAAUGAAGAAAAAUCGAAUAUGGCCGUAAUGGAAGUUCACUUUCCCAGCGGAUUCACGGCCGACGUGGACACUCUACCAUCACUUGAGGUGUCUGAAAAUGUGAUGAAAGUGGAAACUAAAAACGCAGACACCGUCGUUGUAGUUUACUUCGAUCAUUUGACACGAAAAGAGCUCUGCCCAACUCUGGAUGCCUUCCGAACGCAAAAAGUAGCCGAGCAACGACGAGCGGCUGUUAUCAUUUAUGAUUAUUACGACAAUUCCCGUCGCGCUCGUCAAUUCUAUCGAAUGCGAGAGACGACGCUUUGUGAUAUUUGUGAGGGAAGCGAUUGUAGUGAUACUUGCCAAAUUCGUGCGUCGCAACAAAGGAGUUCCAAUGGAAGUUUUGAUUCAUAUUUCGAAGGUGAAGAACGUGCCAGGGUGAUGGAAACCAGUAACUCACCAACGAUAUACAGCUCAACAUUAGUUCUAGUAGCUAGUUUAUUGUUAACAUAUUUAACAAUUUAGAUUUUUGUUUAUAUUUAACAUUUUUCAUUCCGAUUAACCAAAAAUAUGCUCUAAGUUUAGUUCAUAAGAUGUCGUCGCAACUUUUUUUAAAACAAGUAAUUUAUGUGUAUUAAAAGUACUGAUACAAAAACAUGUGUAGUCAAUAAGUAUAACACUCAAAGCCAUAAAUAGUGAUAUACAUAUUUUCAAUUGUAACGAAAUCAGUCCAAAAAAAACGAUUUAAAUGAAAUAAAACCGAAAAUAAAUUUCUAAAAAAAAAA